AUGUCGAGAAAGCACCAUGUCCGCUUCACGAAAACAAAAUCCAAAUCAAAGUCAAAAUCGCCGAUGGAAGAAAAGCCGCCAAAGAUGACAGAACGUCUACACGGACAAGUAACGACCAAGGCUAUCGUUUACGGGAAUACGGCUGAGGCUUUUGGCUACAAACGGUAUUUGUUCGACUUUGAAGCUGACCUCAACCCUAGAGAAACGGAUGGGCACACGCACGCGUGGACCGUGUUUGUGAAGCCCUACGAGAAUGAAGACAUGUCGGUCUACGUCCGGAAGGUCCAGUUCAAGCUCCACGAGAGCUACGAGAAUGCAGUACGGACCAUCGACCACCCACCCUUUGAAGUGACGGAGACAGGGUGGGGCGAAUUUGAAGUGCAGAUCAGGAUAUAUUUUGUCGACCAAAAUGAGAAACCGGUGACGGCAUUCCACUAUUUGCGGCUAUUCCAACCCGUUUUUAACGCGGGAGCAGGAAGAAGUGUAGUGGCCGCUGAAUUCUACGAUGAAUUGGUGUUCAAAGAUCCGACACCAAUGAUGCAACGGGCGCUAACCUCUACGUCGGCCAAGAAAGAGCGCAGCAGACGGUUUUAUAAUGACUUUGAAGAUAAGAAGCAACGGAUAGUAGAAAAUGUCGAGCAGGCGAAACAAGAGAUCGGCAAGGAGAUUGAGGACUUGAGAGACGCGCUCCGGGAUGCGUACAAGCUGAUCGUCCAGCAUAGAGAUGAGAUCGAAGGAGGUGACAGUGGACCGGUGACGCCGAAUCCAAAC